AUGGAUUUGGCUCGCUAUCUGCUCUUGAUGUCACAUGGAAUCUCCAUGUGGGACAACAGCCUGUGGUCGUUCGCAAUCGGAGUUUACCUCGUGAUUCUGUUUCCCGGAUCCCUGACUUUGAGUGCGAUCUAUGGACUCAUUCUGGCAAUUUCUAUUUUGCUGUUCGGAAGCACCGUUGGUUUCUGGAUCGACCAUACCCCGAGAUUACGCGGAGGUUCGACAUCCACGGCCAGGAUUGCGCUACUGGUGAAGAACGGGUCAGUGGUUAUUUGCUGCACUGUUUUGUGCAUCCUGCUCACAUACUCGAAGCAAUGGGAAACCGAAGGACACCAAACCUGGAUCCUCGUUGCUCAAAUCAUGGUCGUCCUCAUCGCCGACGUCGCGUCCGUGGCCUCAGAGGGACAACGCAUCAUUCUGGAACGUGACUGGAUCGUUGUCAUCUCAGGUCACAAAAAGGAAGACCUUGCUAAGAUGAAUUCCUUGUUCAGGAGCAUUGACCUCGUAGCCCGAGUCUUGGCUCCAACGAUUGCUGGUGCAGUGAUGAGUCUGGUGCCUCCUGUGGUGUCAGCGGUGUCUUUGGCAGCAUUGAACCUUAUGUCCUUGGUUGUGGAGUUUCUGCUGCUUGGCAUAAUUUUCAAAAAGGUUCCUGAACUCAGGCAUCGGCAUUUACACCGGGGAUCUGGAAAGACUGAAACCCCAGCAGGUCUUGAUGAUGAAGAGAUUCCAGCUGGUGUUCCCGUGAAAAAACUAGGAUGGCUGAAGCACUCCACAAAGGCAUGGAAGAUGUACCUGGUACAUCCCGUGUUUCCCGCUGGAUUUGGCCUUUCUCUGCUGUACAUGACAGUCCUUGGGUUUGACAACGUGACGACAGGUUACAUGUACUCUCAAAGGGUACCAGAAUGGUUGAUAGGAGCAAUCACGGGGGUUGGUUCGAUUUUUGGGGUUUUGGGUGCUUUGCUCUUCCCUUUCAUCCGAGCUCGUUGCGGUUUGGUAAUCACGGCGAUUAUUGGAUAUGCGACAUUGAAUACCCUGACGUCUGGGGCCAUUGUGGCAUCCUUUAUUCCAGGUUCUCCAUUUGAGGUAUAUCCGGGUCAUGAUGAGACAGGAAAUAGCAAUCUUCCAGUGAUGAGUAAUCCAUCAAUAAUCACGUUCAUGAUCUGCAUAGUUGCCGGACGGGCAGGGCUUUGGACCGCCGAUUUGGCUGUAAUGCAAAUCAUGCAAGAAGGGAUCAAACCCGAUCUUCGAGGGAAAUUAAACGGGGUCCAGACUUCCAUGAACAAUUUGUUCGAAGUGCUCAAGUUUGGACUGGUUACUGCUCUUCCGACGCCGCCUGUCUUCGGAUAUUUGAUCAUCAUGUCUGAAUGCUUCACAGUAUCCGGGGAAUGGGAACCGAAUUUGGCGAAAAUAUCCCAACUUGGCCAAACAAGUGUUAAACUCAAACUAUAUAAUGCACUCCAAGCAGUUCUUCGCAAGACGGGAAACGCUUCGGAACUCUUUGGAGAAUCAUCUCCUCUUAUUUACCGGUGCUUGUUGGUGACCUGCGACAAAAGCAUGGAGUUGACACGUUAUCUACUGCUUUUGUCCCACGGGACAUCCAUGUGGGACAACAGCUUGUGGUCGUUCGCGAUCGGGGUUUAUCUCGUGAUCUUGUUCCCAGAAUCGCUGGCGUUGACUGCCAUCUAUGGCCUGAUCCUGGCGGCUUCCAUACUCAUCUUCGGCAGCACGAUCGGCUUCUGGAUUGACCACACGCCGAGACUAAAAGGCUACCUUUACUCGCAAGGAGUACCAGAAUGGUUGCUGGGAGUCACUACCGGAGCCGGGUCAAUUUUUGGGGUCAUUGGGGCUAUUGUGUACCCUUUCAUCCGAUCCCGAUGCGGG